AGAUCGUCGAGUGAGAACGGAGAUAACGGAAAAUUGUUAGACGGUCGGGGUGUUAGCAGCGGUACUGCAGGACACUCAGCAGCGAUUCGCACAGUGCAGGUAACUUCCGGAUUUCUCGUGUCAGGUGCAUCAAUCAGAAACCUGCGAGAAAUUGAAGAUAGAGUUCAUUGCUGAGGAACGCGACAACCUUGUUCCAACGACAAUGCGAAGCUCAUUGCAAACAAUUCCAUUGGGUGCAAACACGUUGGGAAGAACGGCCCAGCUGACCAUCCUGGAGGGGAGUGGAAAUGUACACAACACUCGGCAGUGCAGACGUUGGCACCCUGGUUCCGUUUUUUUCCUUGGCCUGCUGUUGCUCGCUUGCUUCUGCAACGCGCGACAGGGAAUCGAGGGACGCGGCGCGGCACGUCAUCCCGGGACCAAGGCGGAAUGCGACAGGAGGAGAAAAAAAAAGCUGCUUUAUUCUGACCGCAACGCUCCUGUCCCACCCGCUGAGCCAAGGCACUCCCUCAACAAAGGCUCGCGUAGUGAAGUCUGGGCUCCCUUUUUACGAGCAACCAGCGGCCUGCCCUGCCAUCCGCUCGCCAUCUCGCAACCUGGAACCCGAAACGCGCGCCUCGAGACACCGUUCCGGCCCCGCAAGCAGACUGCCGCCAACAUGGUGUAUGUCCGGCAGGAAUACCUGCCGAAUCUCCGGCAGUACAAGUACUCGGGCGUCGACCACUCGCUCCUGUCACGCUACGUGCUCAAGCCCUUCUACACCAAUGUCGUCAUCAAGUGCUUCCCCAUGAGCAUGGCGCCCAACCUCAUCACGCUGACGGGCUUCAUGUUUGUCGUCGCCAACUUCUUGACGCUGCUGUGGUACAACCCGUCGCUGGAUCAGGACUGUCCCGCAUGGGUCUACUACAGCUGGGCUGUCGGCCUGUUUCUCUACCAGACCUUCGACGCCGUGGACGGGACACAAGCUCGGCGCACACACCAGUCCGGCCCGCUGGGGGAGCUCUUUGAUCACGGCGUCGACGCCCUCAACACCGCGCUCGAGGUCCUCCUCUUCGCCGGCGCCACCAACAUGGGCCAGUCCUGGAAGACCGUCGCGACGCUCUUCGCCAGCUUGCUGACCUUCUACGUCCAGACCUGGGACGAAUACCACACCAAGACCCUCACGCUCGGGGUCAUCAACGGACCCGUCGAGGGCAUCCUCACCAUUGUGGCCAUCUACGCCCUGACAGGCUACCUCGGCGGCGCCUCCUUCUGGAGCCGCAGCAUGCUCCCGACGCUGGGCAUACCGCAGACCGUCGCCGGCGUCACCCUCCCCGCGCCCGUCUACAACCUCUCCUUCACCGGGUGGUACAUGGUGCAGGGCGCGGUGGUGCUGGUGUACAACACGGCGGAGUCGGCGCGCAACGUGAUCCGCGCGCGGCGCGCGCGCGGCGACCGGUCGCGCCACGCGCUCGUGGGGCUGCUGCCCUUCUUCGCGACCUGGGCGCUGAUCGUCGCCUACCUCGCGCUGCAGCCGACCAUCCUGCGGGGACACCUCGUGCCGUUCGCCGUGUUCGCCGGCAUCGUCAACGCCUACUCGGUCGGCCAGAUGAUCACGGCCCACCUGGUCAAGCUGCCGUUCCCCUACUGGAACGUCAUGGUGGUGCCGCUCGCCUGGGGCGUCAUCGACUCGGUCGGCCCGCUGCUGCUGCUGCACAGCCCCGUGCCCUGGCUGGGCUGGCCCUCGGCGCUCGGCGACGGCGUGUACCAGGUCGCCUUCAUGUUCUGCAUGCUCGGCAUGGCCGUCGGCGUCUACGGCAGCUUCGUGGUGGAUGUCAUCGUCACCAUCUGCGACUACCUGGAUAUCUGGUGCUUGACGAUCAAGCAUCCGUGGGUGGAGGGCGAGAAUGGCAGCGCAUCGUUGCAGGUGAAGGGCGCGGCGGAGAAGAAGCAGCAAUAAUGCAAGGGGUCCUGCUCAGGAGGCGGUGGGCCCUCG